AUGCGGGAAGGCCGCCAGCCGCCGCUCGAGACGCUGCACGAGGGCGCCCGCGAGUCGCCGGCGGCGGCCGGGGCCGCGGAGGUGAGCCGCCGCUUCCGGUUCGUCCUCGCCGGCCGGGGCGCGAGGGCGGUGGCCAGUUGCUUGUCGCAGUCGCGGGCCAGCCGCCGGCUGCGCCCCCAGCCCGCGGAGGGCGGCGCGGACGCGGGGGAGCGGCAGGGCGCGGGCCUGUGCUUCUACUGCCUGCUGGGUGCCCGGAGCCAGCUGGCGGAGAUCUCCUUCACGAUUGUGGAGGGCUUCUCCGACCCGCUGCCCACGAUCCAGACUCCAGAGAGUGCCAAGGCUGCCCUGGCGGGAGUUUUCGCGUGGCGUAAGGCAGCAUUUGGCUCAGAUGCAGGCCCCAUUGCGGCGAUGUCGUACUCGCUCGUCUUCGGAGCCUCCACCGCCGUGACCGCGUUCAUACAGCUCUCAGGCUUCGCGGCGGCGUUUGCGCUGCAGACGGAGGUGUUCUACGACAUCCUCGGCGGUGCGAAUUUCUUGGCGCUCGCCGCCGUGUCGGCCUCGGCGGCGAGCGCCCCAGGGCGCCCGUGGGGCGGCUGCGCCCGGAAGGUGGUCGUCACCGUCCUCUUCGUGCUCUCGCGCCUCUGGCUGCUGAUCUUCCUCGCGUGGCGUGCGCACGAGCGAGGCGGCGACUCCAGGUUCGACGGGGUCAAGGACAAGUUCGGCAAGUUCUUGACCUUCUGGGUGGUCCAGGGCGUGUGGGUGAUGCUCAUCUCGAUGCCCGUGCUCUUCGUCAACGCAUCCCCCGUCACCGCCGAGCUCGGCGCUCUCGACGGCGUGCUGCUCGCGGGCUUUGCUUGCGGCGCCAUAUCCGAGAUAGCGGGCGCGCGGCAGGCCGCGUGGGUGAAGGCCGGCAGGCUGGGCGGCUUCUGCAGGGGCGGCCUCUGGAGUUUUUCCCGGCAUCCGAAUUACUUCGGUGAGAUCCUGCAGUGGUGGUGCGCGUGGGCGUUCGCGUUCUCCAGCGGCACCGGCACGGACGACUGGCUGUGGUGGGCGUGCAGCGUGUCCCCCCUGUUCACGAUGCACAUCCUACUCAACCUGCCGCCCACAGGCAUCUGCAAUGCCGAGGGGAAGAACCUUGCGCGCUACUACCAGAACUGGCCCGAUGAGUAUGCCAAGUACAGAGAGAACACAUCAAUCCUCAUCCCUAUGAUCGGCUACCGUUUCAUUCCUCUGGCACUGAAGCGAAUGUUUUUCUUUGAAUUUUCGAAGUACGAGUACAGGCCAGAUGGCAACAGGAAGGCGGACUAG